UGACGUCAGAUGUGGGUCACGGUGAAGUCACAUGAAGCAUUUCUAGCAUAAUAACAUUUCCAUCUCGUUUUUGCAGAUUCUUUGUCAAACAUUACUAUUAAACAAAGUAAUAGCUAGUUAACCAAAACGAUAAAAGCAUGGACGAGGACGGUUUACCGAUUGUGGGAUCUGGAAUAGAUCUGACCAAGGUGAGUGUUUUCCGUAGCCGAAGUUAUCUUGGUGGCUACUGUAGCUAAAUUAGUCAUGAUAGCUUCAGCUUGUUUUGUAAACAAGCUGAAUGACUCUCAGACAAAGAAUGCAAUCAAGUAAAUGUUGUAUCAAAUGAGUAUGUGUAGUAAAUGUUUUUGAACUCCCCAUCUCUGUAAGUAAAUAAACAUAGCAUUUUCUUCAUGAUAAUGAAUGCUAUGGUCCCAGGUCCCAGCCAUACAACAGAGGAGAGUCGUUGCCUAUCUCAACCAGUUCAUAGUCCACACUGUCCGGUUCCUCAAUCGUUUUUCGACAGUUUGCGAAGAGAAACUUGCUUCCAUAUCUCUUCGGAUACAGCAGAUUGAAACUACCCUCAGCAUUUUGGAAGCAAAGGUAGGUAACCCAGCUCCUGUAUGUGUUUUGUAUACAAUAUUAUAGGACUUUACUCUGUCUUUGAUGUUGUUGUACUGUUAUGUGCAUUGCUGCUCUGGGCAUACCAAUAUGAUAAGGUCAGUGCAUCCUGAUUUUGUUCUAUGUAGCUAUCCUCUAUUCCUGGUUUGGAGGACGUCAGGGUGGAGGGUGUUGGUCAGCGGCCAGCUACAGAGGUCAACGGUCCAGUCGCAGUCGUGGUCCCAAGUCAACCACAGACCCCUAUAGCUGUGGCUGUGCCAUUGCCACCUCCUGAGGUAGCCCCCCCCCCCCACACCCCCACACACACACUCACACUCACACACAUACAGAGCCUUCAGAAAGUAUUCAUACCCCUUGACUUAUUCCACAUUUUGUUGUGUUACAGCUUGAAUUCAAAAUGGAUGAAAAAAAUAUAUAUAUAUUCUCACCCAUCUACAAACAAUACCCCAUAAUGACAAAGUGAAAACAUGUUUUUAGAAAUGUUUGCUAAUUUAUUGAAAAUGAAAUACAGAAAUAUCUAAUUUACAUAAGUAUUCUCACCCUUUUGCUAUGACACUCCAAAUUGCGCUCACGUGCAUCCAAUUUCCUUUGAUCAUCCUUGAUGUCACUACAACUUGAUUGGAGAUAGAAUUGUGAUGAGGCAUAUAUCUGGGGAAGGGUAUAAAACCAUUUCUAGAGUGUUGAAAGUUUUCAAGAGUACAGUGGUCUCCAUAAUUGGGAAAUUGAAAAAAUAUGGAACUACUCAGACUCUGCCUAGAGCUGGUCGUCCGACCAAAUGGUCAAGAAGGACCUUGGCCAGGGAGGUCACAAGAACCGAAUGACCACUCUGACAGAACUACAGAGUUCCUUGGUUGAGAUGGGAGAACCUGUCAGAAGGACAACAGUCUCUACAGCACUUCACCAAUCUGGGCUUUAUGGGAGAAUGGCCAAACGGAAGCCACUCCUGAGAAAAAGGCACAUGACAGCACGCCUGGAGUUUGCAAAAAGGCACGUGAAAGACUCUGAGAUUAGAAGGCAAAAGAUUCUGUGGUCUGAGACAAAAAAGCAUCACCAAUCUAACACCAUCCCUACUGUGAAGCAUGGUGGUGGCAGCAUCAUGCUAUGGGGAUGCUUUUCAGCGGCAGGGAGACAGGUAAGGAUAGAGGGAACAAUGAAUGGAGCUAAAUACAGGCAAAUCCUUGAUGAGAACCUGCCUCAGAGUGUAAAUGACCUUAGAAUGGGACAAUGAUUUACGUUGCAACAGGACAAUGACCCUAAGCAUACAGUCAAAGCAAUGCUGUAAUGGCUUCAGAACAAGAAUGUGAAAGUACUUGAGUGACCGAGCCAAAGCCCAGACUUGAAUACCAUGCAAUCUGUGGAAAGACUUGAAGAUGGCUGUUCACCGCCACUCCCCAUCUAACUUAACAGAGCUUGAGAAAAUCAGCAAGGGAGAAUGGGAGAAAAUCCUCAAAUCCAGAAGUGCAAAGCUGAUACAGACACCCAAGACAACUCACAGCUGUAAUUGCUGCCAAAUGUGCUUCUACAAAGUGUUGACUCGGGACAUGUUUUCAUUUUUAUUUUUUUUAUUUUACAUUUUAGUCAUUUAGCAGACGCUCUUAUCCAGAGCGACUUACAGUUAGUGAGUGCACAUAUUUUUCAUACUGGCCCCCCGUGGGAAACGAACCCACAACCCUGGCGUUGCAAGCGCCAUGCUCUACCAACUGAGCUACAGGGGACCUUUUCACUUUGUCAUUAUGGAGUAUUGUGUGUAGACGCAUGAGAAAAAAAUCUAUUAAAUCCAUUUUGAAUUCAGGCUGUAACACAACAACAUUCGGAAUAAGUCAAGUGGCAUGAAUACUUUCUGAAGGCACUACACACACAGUAAUUCUGGAAACCAUGUGUUUGAUGUAUUUGAUACCAUUCCACUGAUUUCGCUCCAGCCAUUACCACAAGCCCGUCCUCCCAAAUUAAGGUGCCACCAACCUCCUGUGAUUUCAACAUAUUCGUGUUUAAAUAAAUUGUUGAUGGAACAAUAAGUUAAAGACAUGGUAUAUUUGUUUAUAUUUGUGCAUGAUGGAAAUACUGAAUUGCAGUAUUGACUCUAUUGUAGGCCUCUCCAAACAUACCAGAACCAGGAUCAGCCGAGGCAGCAGGAGAGUGUUGGAUGACUGUGGCCAAGGAUCCACGCUAUGCCAGAUAUCUCAAGAUGGUGCAAGUGGUAGGUCUCUAUACAUUUUCAUAUUCUGUAGAAAUGUGAAAUCUGUUCAAUGAAAUCAGUCAUGUAGAAAACAUUUCAAACUACAGGGUGUUCCAGUUAUGGCGAUAAAGAAUAAAAUGGUCCAGGAAGGUUUGGAUCCCAACCUGCUUGAGUGAGUGUGCUUACAUUACAUCUUUGUAAUAUCUGUAUUCUCGUUCCUCAUAAUCCACAUCUGAAUCUUUCUGAUGGCAUAAAAUGGUGGUCCUACAUGUAUUUGAAGUAACAAUGGUGAUUCCUAAAUGCUUCUGUUUGCAGCACACCAGAUGCACCUGUGCCUGAUGCAGGCAAAAAGAACACAGUGGAUCAAGAUGAUGACAGCGAUGAUGGCAGUGAGUCAUCUUUCAGCGAUUGAUCUGCUGUCUUAGCCAUGAAGCUGCCUAUAGGGAACUUCCUUCCCUGUCAUCUGUACUCCAGGCCUUUUGUAUUGUGCUGCAGCAGGUGCACAGAAGGACUAGAUGCCAGUGUGUGCUUGACAGGCAGAACUACAGUGCUACCAGACAGAAAGUCCCACUUCUGUGGAUGAUCUGCAGGGAUGCAUGGGACUUACAAAAACAGGCACAUUGUUAAGUAGCUGAAAUGCAUUGUAGAUUGAGUGAAUGUCAACGAGAAAGAGCUGAGAAUGUCUAUAUCCAGGUCAGCCACUGACCUUAUUGUGAAUGUUAUAUUUUUGUUGCCAUUUCUUUUCCUGACACAUUUGAUUGGUCAUGGACAUUAUGUUUCUUUAUUUACAUAGUUUAGCAGUAAAACACAUGGAAUCACAACCAUGGAAAGUACUAACCAGAUAAUCAAUUAGUAAUUUAUCAUUAUUUUCUUUAGUCUGCACUGGGCAAACAUGCCUCUGCCCCAUGCCAGUAUCAUGUGAACAUUCCAAUGCCUUUGAAAGAGAUUGUGGGGCGGCAGGCAGCCUAGCCGUUAAGAGCGUUGGGCCAGUAAC